AGAGAUGAGAAUACAGAGCUCUAGGAAGCGCUUCAGUAUGACUUUUUAAACAAAGCUGGAUUUUAAAAUACCCUUACCAAUACUGAAACUUUGAUAUCAGUUACUUGGGAGAAUGAAAAUUGGUGGCAGGUCUCCGGAGUCCUUGUCUUGGUGUGACCACAGCCAGGAAGGGGAUGUGAAGGGAUUUUGUCUGCCAUACGGCCUCUUUUAGCUGGGUACUCCAUGAUGUCUGUACAUAAAUGGUUGGAUCUGGCUGAGUGCACCAUCUCCAGUUAUCUUCAGGGGCCAUCACUUCCAGGACAGCCUGGCCAAGGAAAGAAGAUAGGUCAUCGAGGAGUUGAUGCUUCUGGUGAAACUACCUACAAAAAGACCACUUCGUCCACUCUGAAGGGGGCCAUCCAGCUGGGAAUUGGAUACACUGUCGGCAAUCUGAGCUCCAAGCCUGAGAGAGAUGUCCUGAUGCAGGACUUUUAUGUGGUGGAGAGCAUCUUUUUCCCGAGCGAAGGAAGUAACCUCACACCGGCUCACCAUUAUGCAGACUUCAGGUUCAAAACCUACGCACCAGUGGCUUUCCGGUACUUCCGAGAACUCUUUGGGAUUCGUCCAGAUGAUUAUUUGUAUUCAUUAUGUAACGAGCCUCUGAUAGAGCUGUCCAACCCUGGUGCCAGCGGCUCCCUCUUCUAUGUCACCAGCGACGAUGAGUUCAUCAUAAAAACUGUGAUGCACAAGGAGGCUGAAUUCUUACAGAAGCUCCUUCCUGGCUACUACAUGAACCUGAACCAGAACCCACGGACGCUGCUGCCAAAGUUUUAUGGACUUUAUUGCGUGCAAUCAGGGGGCAAAAACAUCCGCGUGGUCGUGAUGAACAACAUUCUGCCUCGCGUGGUGAAAAUGCACCUGAAAUUUGACCUGAAAGGCUCGACCUACAAACGCCGGGCAUCCAAGAAGGAAAAAGAAAAGUCCAGCCCUACAUACAAGGACCUAGACUUCAUACAAGACAUGCCUGAGGGCCUGAUGCUGGAUGCAGACACCUUCAGCGCGUUGGUGAAAACGUUACAACGAGACUGUCUGGUGUUGGAAAGUUUUAAAAUCAUGGACUACAGCCUGCUGCUUGGGGUUCAUAACAUAGACCAGCAAGAACGGGAGCGACAGUCUGAGGGAGCCCACAGCACGUCGGAUGAGAAGCGUCCCGUGGGGCAGAAGGCACUUUACUCCACGGCAAUGGAGUCCAUCCAGGGUGGGGCUGCCCGGGGGGAGUCCAUAGACACAGAUGACACAAUGGGAGGAAUCCCAGCAGUGAACGGCAAAGGAGAACGUCUCCUGCUACAUGUAGGAAUAAUAGAUAUCCUUCAGUCGUACAGGUUCAUCAAGAAGUUAGAACAUACCUGGAAGGCCCUUGUCCAUGAUGGGGACACAGUGUCAGUACACAGACCCAGCUUUUAUGCAGAGAGAUUCUUCAAAUUCAUGACCAACACGGUGUUUCGAAAGAAUUCCUCUCUAAAAUCAUCUCCCUCAAAGAAAGGGCGUAGUGCCUUGCUAGCUGUCAAGACACCUGGUCCAACAGCUGCGUUUUCAGCUAGCCAGCUUCCCUCGGAAAAGGAUGAAACCCAGUAUGAUCUUCGUGCAGCCAGGAGUUACCCCACGCUCGAUGAUGAAGUAGGCAGGCCAGACCUGCUACCCUGCACGCCGCCGUCUUUUGAAGAAGCUACUACAGCCUCCAUAGCCACAACACUGUCUUCAACAUCUCUCUCUGUUCCUGAGCGAUCCCCCUCAGAGACCUCUGAGCAGCCGAGGUACAGGAGGCGCACACAGUCCUCAGGCCAGGACGGCAGGUCACACGAGGAGGUGCGGGUUGAAGAAGAGCUUCAGCAGAUCAGCGUAGAGCUGGAACCCAAGUGCGAUGUUGAGAUUGUAGCUCCUGAAGAAGACGACAAAGAAGAGGCAGCUUCUUCAGCCUGUGCCACUGCAAUGUCCACAGCUACAAUAGAAGUGGAGACGGCCAGCCAGGCCUCCGAACCAGCAAGCCAGGCCUCCGAUGAAGAUGAUGUGCCGGUCACAGACAUAUACUUUCCGACAGACGAGAGGAGUUGGGUUUACUCCCCGCUCCACUAUAGCGCUCAACUCCACUCUGUCUCCGAUGAGGAGAGCGAUACAUAAUCUCUAUGCAGACACAGAAGCCCCAGAGAGCAGCGAUUCCCUCUGCAGGUCGAUGUGUUCCCUUUUCGUUGAUGCAGCCGUUCCAAUGGGAUGGGGAAGAGCUUGCUGACACCAGUAUUGCUGCACUGCAGGAUCCCAGGCACUGCAUUUCAGAAUGGAGCAAAACUCUAACCGUGUAUUUCUACUUAUCCCAGAUGUGGGCAGCAAAGAAACCACCCGCUCACCCGCAGCUCCCAAUGGAGAUGUCCAGCUGGGUGUAGAGAAUCCUGGAUAGUAACACAGUGUUUUCCAAACGUGCACUACCGUAGCUACCUAUCCAUGUGUGAUACUGUGAACCUUUUUAAUUUUUUAAUCAUGUAUUUAUUUCUUUUAUCUUUGCACAGAGACAGCACAAAUGUGCUUUUUUAAACAUUUAGUUUACUGCACUUUUUUUUUUUUUUUGUCAUAUAUUUGUGCAUCAGAAAGGAGCGUGAGACCUCACUGGAGAAUUGGUAGGAGCACGUUGCUGGGGAGGGCAGGGACCAGAGUGGCUUCAUUUGAGGCAGCUGAUGGAGUCAGGAGGUUUAAGGCUGUCCAGAUUCUGCCACGGUUUUGUCGAGUGACCUAGAUCAAGUCACUUAACCACUCUGUGCCUCGGUUUCCCCUGUGCUAAUGGGUGUACAGUACCCACUUCCGUUAAAGCACUUAAACCCUGGGAUGAAAGGUGCUAUGUAAAUGCAAUGUAUUAAAGGCCAUUGAAUAGAAUUGCUCCCAUGUUACAGUAGUCCAAAGCAGCCAUGCCAAUUUACUUAGAUUCAAAAAUUGCUAGUGACUUCUCUUGAUCUGUAACACUGUGUGGGGGAAGCAAAUGAUCCUGGCUAUAGUGACCUCGGCCCUCCUCUGGACGUCGAGAUGGGUUCUGCCUUCACCAUGUGCUGUACUGCUCUGUGUCGCCCUGUCCCUCUGUGCUCGGAGUCCACACUGUCUUACCGGCUGCUGCACCGACGUUUGCUCCAGGCUGCUGCCUGGUGACAGGCAUGGACAGAUGAGAACUGUGCAUCUCCACAGACCACCCUCGUUGGAGUGAGAGUUCCCAAGUCUGCCCAGCCCCAGGUGGGGUUUGCCUGGACACUGCAUCCUAUUGGAGCCACUUAGCACUGCGCAUGUUCAUGGGUGUAUCCAAUUGCCAAGUAAUCGGGGGUCACAGAACAUUGGGUUCACAUGUAUCCUCCGUACCUCAGGGUAGUCAGGGAGUCGCAUGCACGUCCACGCACUGGAGGCAAUAACAGAAGCCUGACGCUGGCACCUAAUUGCGCCAGGCUGUACUGUGUUCGCGGACUCUCUCUGUUGGACAAAAAGCUGGGAGCCUCUCAUGCCGCCUGUUGAAAAUUGCUGCUUUGGAUGUCUGAGAUGCAGAGGGUUUGCUCUGAGGGCCACAGGCUUUGGAUGAGACAAGGAAGAUUUAGUGUCGCUUAGCAAUGUUCAGAGUAGGCUCGUUCUUCCGUCAGCAGGGUACUGUAACAUUGUCUUCAGUUCCCUAGCGAUCCCCCCUCUUCUCCCAGAGAGAAGAGAAAACCUUUAGAGCAGAGGGAGCUAGGUCUUGUUCAUGUGCUUUACAGGCCUUGCUCGAGAGAGAUGGUGAAAGAUCUCUCCAUUCCCAUUACAGCCCUCAAACAGUCCUUGGGCUUCCUUGUGGAGGAGUGUGGAAACGGGACCCUGCCCUAGGGGCUCAGUCUGAUCUGUCCUCACAGCAGCACUCAGGACCGGUUAAUUCAGGUCCCAGAAGGUGACUGGGCUGGUGGGAAGCUCUUCCCCUCUGCAACGUGAUGAACUUGGUGAGGAUCUUCAUGAGUUGACAUAAUUUCUUGCCUAGAAAUAUGGGACCUAAACUUCCACCCCUUGCCUGCAGAUGCUGAAGGCUGUAAGGUGUGCUGCUUUCUGAGUACAGGCUGGGGUUCUUGCAAGCUGCUUCCAUUAGCUUUAUUCAUAUUAUUUACCAGAGUAGUUCUAUCAAAAACCUUUUAAGGAAACUCUCCCCUUUCAGCUGUCAAGUAGCUACUAAUUCACCUAGCAAGUAGCAUUGCUCCAUGACAGCCCCUUUGGGAGGCUGGGAAACAGCUCUUAAAUCACCACAUCUCCUUGUGUUAGUCCUGUGUGGGCUUUGCAAGCUGUGUAUGUUUAGUGCUACGGCAGGGCUCAGCCGUGCAGCAGAGGGGAGACGUGCAAUACAUACAGAGUAACUUGCCUCUGGGCUGAAAGCAAGAGGCUUCAAACAAUGUUAAAAAUGUAGCCAGUGCUCUUUUCCUCCGAAAAUGCAGAGCAGCCACCGUUAGGAAAGAGACCAGUGGGAACUGCAUCCCUUCUGCAUCUUCAAACGUUGCUCUUGGGUUCUGCAUUGGAGAAAUGUAGUCCUGGGGAGGAGCCCAGGAGGCUGCUAGGACUGUCUGAACCAAGUCCCAGCUGCCCUGGUACCAACUUGUUUUUUUGUCUAGGGGGUUUUGCCUCAGCUUGACUUUGCAAGCUAAAAUUGAGCAUCUUUCGUUGUCUAAGAGCAGAGGUUGAGACUCUGUCCCUUCCCCUCAUUUCAGGGUGUCUGAAGCUGCUCAGCCUCAGUGCAGGAAGCACCUGAGCCCAACCUUCGCAAAGGAUCUCAGUGAAUGAACUUUGCAGUCUGAAGCUGUGCUUGGCCCCAGAACAUGUGGGGAAGCCCAGGCCUUCCCCCCCACCCCCAAUCUAUUCAUUCCAAAUGUUGUCUUUCCUCAGGCGUCCUGGCCUGAGGACAAUUUUUGAGACAAUCCUUGUGCGUGCAAUUCUGUAAUGCUGAACCUUUUGGAACGAGCACGUCUGCUACAGAGUUAGGAGCUCUCAGCUCUGGGUAGACAGGGUUUGGUCCUGUGAGAGGAUGCGCAAAGGGAUUAGAACAACUUUGCCAACAUGAAGGGACCUUCCUUAAGAGCCUUCCUUUAGGGAGACAGUGAUCUGAAAUGGCAACUGCCCCUUUCCAAGCCUGCAUACACUCUGUGCUGUGUCACAUUACUUGUCCAGUUACCUCUGUGCUAAAGAAGCGC